AUGUCCCGCAUCCACUGGACUCUUGCUUGCGCCCUGGCCCUGCUGCUCGCCCCUGGGGCCCUGGGCGUUUCCCUCAAGGCUGGCGGCCUGACCACCCCUGACCGCCGCACCCUAGGCGAGGAGGCCGCUGAGGCCACAAUAAAGGCACAGGGCGGCACCACCUUUAUUGGCGGCGCCAGCCCCACCAUGGUCUCCGCCAGCCCUCCAGCCAAUCCUGCUGCUGCUAUGAGCAAGGCCAUGGCGUCUUUUGCGCAGCAGCAGCAGUGGGCGCAGCAGGCUGCGGGCAGUAGCCAGCAGCAGCAGCAGUGGGCGCAGCAGGCCAUGGGCGGCAGCCAGCAGCAGCAGCAGUGGGCGCAGCAGAUGAUGGCCAAUACCCCGCAGAUGCAGCAAUGGCAGCAGGCGCAGCAGCAGCGGCAGAAGGCCGCCGUCGCUGGCGCGGCCGCCAAGCCUGCUGGCCAAGCGGCGCCCAAGGGUUCUCCCGCCCCCGCCCGCCUCCCGUGA